AUGUCUCUGGCCAGAGUGAUGAUGAAUGGCUCAUCGGUGUCAGAUACCGCCUCCAACUGGAUGACACCUGACAACCCCACCGUCGACUCUGCCGUUGCACACCUCCCGAUGAACGAGUUCAAUCCUAUAUGCAUUGGUGUUGCCCAAUUGGUGGAACCAUACCCAAGUGAGUCCUCCAACACCGACACAUAUAUGCUCACAUGA